GCACUUCUACCAUCUUUAAGAAUGGACGUCUUCAUUUUCGAUGAUCCGGAAGAUGAGGACCUGGAGAAGGUCCGCCAGCGUGCCAUAGCUCGAGGGGCCGCCGUGCAGAAGGUAGCGGCAGAAAUCGAAGGAGAGUGCGAGGAACUCCGCAGGUCGCUGGUCAAGAUAGAACGGCGGUACGCCCUGCUGUGCGAGCGGCGGCAUGAGAAGGUCCGGCGGGAGUUUGAGCGACGUCGCCGCCGCCGAAAGUCCAUCCUGUGGCCCGGGUCGGACUCCCGGGAGUGGCUCCGGCUCAUGUGGACCAUCACUGCGCUGUGUGUGGGGUUCCACCUAGCGACAGCCGCAGUACAUGCAGCUUCCGUCUGGAUGCUGUGACGUCAGUUUAUUAACCUCCAAGUAGAUGUUGGGAGGGAAUAUCGUGGCGUUUUCUGACCAACCUCACAGACUAGGACGACAAAGUUUAUAUAUCAUUAAAACCUGUCAAGAAAGGAAUACUAGCUUUUGCAUGCCAGAGAGGAAGUGCACCCUUAUUUGCGAGGUUACAUUCUGAUACAAUGUCACUUUCAGUCAUCAAAAUGAGCCAACACAACUUGCAAUUCUGCAAGUGGACUACAGAGGUCGCUCGUGAGACGUUAGUCUCUUUUUCCUAAAGCCUAACUAUGCCUAUGUCAUGGAAGGUGUGCAUCUUAUGAGCGUUCAACAGUUCGAUGUUGCGUUUGCUUCUGCUCAACGCACAUAUGCAGAUGACAUUGAUAUUCUUCGAUAUAUAUGAGUAUAAAAAGGAGCAAUAGUUCGAAGGUCAGGAAAUGGUUUCAUUUUUUAGAGGGCUCUGAUCAAGAAGUAACAGAGCAGUUUCACGUUAUCUUUUUCUGAUCCUAUACAUUUACAGGGUAUGUAGAUCAUUUUGCAUGUAACACUAAUUCACCUUUAUCCACAGGGUAACCUAUAUUCGUUGCAUUUAAAAACAGGUUAUUUAGGGAUUUCAAGCCAACAGACAGUUUUUUUUUCAAAAUUGCAAUAUUUUCAAAAUAUUGGUCCGGACCGGUCAGAAAUACCCGUGUCUUAAUACUACCCUUGAAUGUUAUCAACCUAUUGCACAUUUGUAACAUGUAAAAAGUAUGCCCAACGAUCUCUGGAGUUUCCAAUACAAUAAUCUUUUCCGAAACACAAUUUGGAAAACAUUUAUUAAUGCUUACAAUCUUCACAAAGCCCACACAUAAUAGAAAUGGUUGGGAUCUUUUGUCUUCCACUGUCUCCGAAAAGGAAGUCAAACCCAACAUCUUUUAGACUAGAGUAGACACCUGCUAUAUUGUUCUGUUACACUGUUUGAACCUCUCAUGUUACCUGCAAUUAGCCCACGGGAAAGAAUUUUCAAUAAAUGUAUUGAUCUUUAAUCAAGACUGUUGCCUAUCUAGACAUACAUACAACACUACACACAGUAUAACAGGUAAUAGCCUUUAUUGCAUAUUCAUGCCCUAUCGGACUAAGCACAGGCAUAUAGAUUCAAAAGGUAGUAAUACAGUACACAUGAUUUCUAAGACUAAUCUAAAACAUGAAUUCUAAAAAAAAUAUUCUAAUACAUUUGUUCGGCUUCUUCUCGUUUCUUAGUAAUGUUAAAUAUGUAGCUUGAGAUGUGUUUUGUAUAAUGUCGUUUGAUCAAAACUCAUAUAACACCACAUUUUCUGAAAACACGUGUUCCGUAGACUUCACCGUGAAUGACACACACAUGAAUGCAAUUAUCAAUAUAUGCAAAUCAAGGUACAGAACUAACGCUAAGACACGUUUAUGAGAAGGCCAAGGCUUGAGGGGUUAUAAGAGGUCACUUGGUUCGUGUGUAGCAUAGCACGAUGUUCAUGAAUUAUUAAUUCAGAGUCGGCGAAAAUAGCGCCGAGAAAAUGAAACGACGGAGAAUACCGCGGCGACGCCAUUUCAAUCAGCUUUUGGACGAAAUUGUUUCUCCUGGGCAUGGAAGUAGGCGCGCGUGUGCUAUUAGUGGCCGCAGGGAUGAAAGCUAAGAAAAUUGUUAGCGUAGGUUGUGACGCGUUCGAGCAGACAGAGACGCAUGUUUCAAGUAGGUAUUUCACAGGGCUGUCCCUUUUGGUGACAAAUUAUUUGCGGCCACUUUGCGAGCGAAUUUUCCCUUGCUGACGUGCGACACUCGAGUAAAAUAUAUAAUCAUCUGGUGUAUUUUGCCAGCCAGUAGGUACCCAAAGUAUGAGUAAUGAGGCUGUUUAACGUGGUCGAGGCACCUCCUCGAGCACGGGA